UCGUGAGGACAGAAGAAUGACAGCCGGCAGGGCAUCGGCAUCGGGUGUUCGACGAGUGUGUGCGCAAUUGUGAUGAUCCCUUUGUCUGCUGUGCGAUCGUAGAGGGCUCCGACUUGAGCGUAGAACUGUUGUAGCUCGAACUCUCAUCUCAAAUCGGUUCUGUGCCGACCAUCGCAGUGGGCCGUAGUGUGCUGCUGUCAAACAGUCUUCUCAACGUGGCCGGUGAAAAGAAGUAUUGAAACAACAUGAUGUAUAUCGACGAUAACGUAGAGUUCGACAUCGUCGAGUGCACCAGCCGCUUUACGCUCAACUCUGCCGGCCGUUCGCCAACCAGCCGUCGGACGGAGCAGCGCCAGCGCAGCGUGCUGCGCCGUCAGCGCACCAACCCACUCCGGAUGGUCAACGAUGACGGUAAACUGCUGUCCUCUCCCUCCAAGGAACUGUUGCCCGGUGAGGAGCUGUCGUUCUAUCAGAGCCACAGCCCCCAGCAAAGUCCUCGGCCAUGCAGCCCUUGCACCCUGUGCCCGGAGGACGCGAUGAUGGGCGGCGAGCUGCUGCCGUCGGAGAGCAACACACCGAACAAGCACCAUCUGCCGAUCCCCACCAUCGUUGGUGAUGCUGGCCAGGGCCAGAGUGUUGCAGUGAGUGCGGCGGCGACUCUAGCCUACCAGCGUCUUCGGCGACCGCUGGCCGAUGAUCACGACACCAACUCGAUGGACUCGGGCUACGAUGGGGCCAGUGCUCGGAACGAGAUCCUUGGCUCGCAGAGUGAUGCCAGCACCUGCUCCUCCGGCACUGGGCUAAUGAGAAGCGGGUCGGUGUACCGAUCGACCUCCUCCACGAUCAUGUCCCGCCACAGUUCCUCCUCCUCGCCGUCGUCACGCCGCCUCCUGAUAAGUAGCCUCUCCUCCGGCUCCAUGGAAUCGAUGGACGAUCUCGAGCUGUUCGAUAUGGAGACGAUGCAGGACGAGGAGCAGCUUCCCAGUGGGCUGAACACGCUGAUCAGCGGUACUAUCAAGACGACCCGGUCGUCGACCACGCCCGAAACGAAGCGUCCGUAUGUGCGGCGCUGCCUGAGCCUCACCGAAAACACCAACAAAAUGAACGUGCAGCCGUGCAACGUUAUUGCGGGAGCGCCGGGAUCGGUGAUAAAAACACCGGAACGAUUCGUGCGGCGGCUGGUGGCGAUCGAAGACCAGGAGAAUUGUCAUCUGACGCCGUACUCGGCGCGCAUCACCGAUGCCGCCCGCUGCUUCAAGCGCCCAGAGCCGCCCGGCAUCAGCCCGGUGCAGAGCAAACGGUGUAAGAUGAUCGAAAGCUCACCGACGAAGGCCCUCGUGCCCUCGUCCCUUGACAGCCCAUCGCGCACCACGGUACUGAAAACCAUCUACCAGAAGUCGAUCUCGAUGAACGAUGAGCAGAUCAUGAACGCCCUGUCGCGAUCCACUUCGGAACCGGACCUGAUUGGUGAUUUUUCCAAAUCCUACAUCCUGCCCUUGAUGGAUGGCCAGCACCGGGACCUGAAGUCCAUUUCCGGCGAAACGAUGGCCCGGCUGCUACGGGGCGAGUUUCAGCAGAAGGUGGCAAGCUACAAAAUCAUCGACUGCCGGUACCCGUACGAGUUCGACGGUGGCCACAUACGUGGGGCGAAAAAUCUCUACACCCACGAGCAGAUAAUCGACGAGCUCAUCAAAAGCAAAACGGAGCAACCGACGGUCGAGGAGCCAUCGGAGCAAAACGGCGCGCAGGACAGCAGUGUCACGCGGCGCAACAUAAUCGUUUUCCACUGCGAGUUCUCCUCCGAGCGUGGUCCCAAACUGUCACGCUUUCUGCGUAAUCACGAUCGCAUCCUGAACUCAGACAGCUAUCCCGCGCUCCAUUAUCCCGAGGUCUAUCUGCUGCACGGAGGUUACAAGGAGUUCUUCAAAGCGCACUCCUCGCUCUGCGACCCGAUCGCUUACCGGCCUAUGCUGGAUCCCGAUUUUGGCGAUGCGUAUCGCCAUUUCCGCGCAAAGUCCCGCAGCUGGAACGGAGACGGUGCGACCACUGUGAAAGCCACGAAAACACGGUCACGGCUCAUGCUCUGAACAGCCUACUGACCGAUUGCGACCGACAACCUCUUGGAAUAUGUCCCCGUUAUUGCGAAUAGUGGCUGCACAGGGCUUGUUUGUGGUUGUGGUGUGGUUUUGUUAUCAUAUUUUUACACACCUAUAUACUUCAUAUUUUCAUUUAUCAUACAUAAAACCACGUAACUCAGCGAUGCCUGCAGGCAAAACAAGGGCCAGUUCAGUCAGUGUACAACGACGAAGGAUUUAAAUCAGUGAUUGGUGGAAGAUAAAUUGAAAUUUAAAUAGUGUAGCCCUGUCUCGCACUCAUAAUCUGAAGCAAUAGUAUAUUUAACAACACACUAACAGCACCUUGAAAUUUGAAUUUUCUUUUUGCGCUGUUCUCCCUUAUGAGAGUCACUGUGCGCGUUUGGUUUCUUCCUAUAUGGACGCUUUUCGCUUUAGUUUAAUUUCUGUUGUUAUGAAUUUAUGGUUUUAUAUCUGUGAUUUAGUAUUUGCGUUUCAGUUUUGGGUUCUUUCUAUUUCAUUCACUUUUUUUUUUACUAAACCCUAAACACAGUCGAAAACGCGUGCAGCAUUGAUAGGAAGCGGGCGGACAAAAGAUAAGCGCUAACCAUUGAUGCAGGCAGGAGGCAUUGGUGUAGUGGAGAUAAGGUGGUAGAAAACAUCAUUUGAACGUUCGGCCAGAUAUUUAGAGCAGAACUCUUUCGCUACAACUACCAGCGUUCCACAGCAACUUUGUGUGAUUUUGUGAUGAAUUUUUCUGAGGGGAGAAUAGAAAAGACUAUUCGGAAUUAUACCGCACACACAGUUUACCGUCAACACAAUUACAGCUUUGCAAUAGGAAUUGUCCCGCGCUAUUGAGAGGGGCAUUCUUAGAAACAAAAGAAGCGGAGUGAACUGCCAAGCGCGUGAGAGACAAGUGCAAAUUAGAUAGAAAUUUAGUAUCGUAAGAUUGUUAGUCAUAGGACAACAGAGAACCCUGAUAGCAAAAUAUCGAACAACACUCCAUUGCUGCUCGAUUGCCGGCCUUGCUUUCGGAGGUAAUUUUUAAAAAUUACGCACUGUCCAAGACACGUGCCAGAUCCGCGCGGUAUUUCGUUCGCCAUAAGGUCGACCCAUUGGAAGGCGUUUGUGAAAUGAGGGUAUAGGAAAUGCAGCACGGGCGCGAUUUACUUGGAGACUGCGACAGCAUAGAAAGUGGCGAGCGCUUGGUUCGUGUGCCUAAGAACAGAGGACUCAAGUUGGCAUUGUUACGAUAGCAAAUAUUUGCCAUCUUACGGUGCGCCGUUUCAGGAAGAGUGCAACAUUUUAGAUCGAUAAAUAUUAUAACCAAAUUAAAACCUUCACUGAACUAUGCAAUCAAAACAUUGCGGUAUAAUGUGAAAUGUGCAAGCAACGACGAUAGCAAAAUACCCUUAUUAGAGUGUAAGUUAAGAUAUAAUCAAAUUUCUCAUGCCCGGACGGAUGAAUGCAUGAAAUGAAUUGGAUAAAUGAGAAGGGCACAGUUUGACGUGAAGAACUUUGAACAAUUAGCUGCAUGAAGCAUCAACUGAACUAGCAACUACUCUGCGAAAAUGUCCGAUACAGUGAAAUAUUGCUUCUGGUCAGUCUUCACGUGCACCAGUUUUUCUUCUGUAUACAAUCGCGGGUCAACAGAAAUACGGCGAUUAUAUAUUGCACUAUAGUAUAAGUGAAGAAUGAAUAUAAAUAUUUGACUAUUCGUAGAGGCCAGUGGUAUGGAAAUAUUGAUCGUUUAAUAAAAUAUUUAUCAAUAUUCGCUAACAAGC